AUGGCCAACGUCAGCGACCUCCCCUGCGACGCCGAGGGAGUCUGCAUGGUGUGCAAUAAGAAGGCACCUGAUGGCGAGACCCUCAACUGCAAAACUUGUGUCACUCCCUGGCACAGCACUUGCCUCUCCGUCCCUCUCAAAACCCUAGCCGAUGCUGCCCAGUGGGAGUGUCCAGACUGCUCCUUCACCGCCGAUCCAACGGGUGGUGCCACCGUCAAGUUGUCGAUCUCCGGCGGAGACCUGGUGGAGAAGAUCCGGGCGAUCGAGUCCAAUCCGUCGCUGACUGAUCGCGAGAAGGCCAAGCGACGCCAGGAGCUGCUGAGCGGAGAAGCUAAAUCAGCGUCUCCAGAGUGCCCGAAUCAAGAGCAAAAGAAGUCCAAUGGCGGGACUAACGAGGGGUUGACCAUUCUUGGCGACAAGCUCAACUGCUCCAUCUGCAUGCAGCUUCUCGAUAGACCUGUCUCUACACCAUGUGGCCAUAAUUUUUGCUUGAAGUGCUUCCAGAAAUGGGUAGGUCAGGGGAAGCUCACUUGUGCCAUUUGUCGCAAGUUGAUUCCAUCCAAGAUGGCAAGGGAGCCCCGUAUAAACUCUGCUAUUGUUAUGGCCAUUCGAAAUGCCAAAAUGUCCCAGUCUAAUGUUUCAGGGGGUGUUCCACGGGUCAACCAUUUUGUUCACAACAAAGAUCGACCCGACAAAGCAUACACCACUGAGCGAGCAAAAAAAUCUGGAAAGGCUAAUGCCUGCAGUGGGAAGAUUUUUGUUACAGUUCCUCUUGAUCAUUUUGGUCCAAUUACAGCAGAGCAUGAUCCAGAAAGAAAUUUGGGUGUGUUGGUUGGUGAGACCUGGGAAGAUAGGAUGGAAUGCAGGCAGUGGGGGGCUCACUUUACCCAUGUUGCUGGGAUUGCUGGGCAGUCAGAGUAUGGAGCACAGUCUGUUGCACUAUCAGGAGGUUAUGAAGACGAUGAGGACCAUGGCGAAUGGUUUCUUUAUACUGGAAGUGGUGGAAGAGACCUUAGUGGGAAUAAAAGGACGAACAAGAAACAGUCAUUUGACCAGAAGUUUGAUAAAAGCAAUGAAGCCUUACGAGUUAGUUGCAAAAAUGGUUAUCCUGUCCGAGUUGUAAGGUCUCAUAAGGAGAAACGUUCUUCUUAUGCGCCACAGGAAGGUGUACGUUAUGAUGGGAUAUAUAGGAUUGAAAAAUGUUGGCGCAAGGCUGGAAUCCAAGGAUUUAAGGUGUGUCGUUAUCUGUUCGUACGUUGUGAGAAUGAUCCUGCACCAUGGACAAGUGACAAUCAUGGUGAUUGCCCAAGAGAGCUGCCUGCUGUCGAGGAAUUAAAGCAUGCUACUGACAUUACAGAGAGAAAAAAGAGUCCUGCCUGGGAUUUCGAUGAGGGACAGGGUCGUUGGAUUUGGAAAAAGCCUCCACCAGAAAGUCGUAAAAUUCCUGACGUUUAUGAUGAGGAAGGUAAGAGCAAAAAGAAAGCAAGACGUCAAAAAGGAAACGUGUCAGUUAAAGAAAGGCUUUUGAAAGAAUUUGGCUGCCUCAUCUGCCGGAAAGUAAUGGUGCUUCCACUUACUACUCCUUGUGCUCAUAACUUCUGCAAGGCGUGCUUAGAGAAUGCCUUUGCUGGCCAAUCUUUCAUUAAGCAGAGGACAUGUGGAGGUACAAGGACACUCCGAACACAAAAAAAUGUUAUGAAAUGCCCAUCGUGCACCAAUGAUGUGUCUGAUUUUCUUCAGAACCCCCAGGUCAAUAGGGAGUUGAUGAAUUUGAUUGAAUCACUACAGAGCCAGAUGAAGGAGGAAAACAUGGAAUCUGAAGAAAUUGAUGAUGGUGCAGAUGAGGAAGAUGAUGAGUUGUGUGAUGAAACUGAUGCUUGUAUAGAAGUGGACAUGGGGAAAGAAACUGAUGGCACAGAUGGAAAAUCAAACAUUGGUGCUGAAAAUAAGAACUGUGAUGCAAGUGCAGAAAUUCUAAUGGAAGAGAAGGAUGAGAAAGAAGGCAGUAAACCUUUGAUCGACACCGACCCCCAGCCACCUAUUGGAAAGGAAGCCCCAGACAGGCAUGAUGCUGUCAGUGAUGACCAAGAAGCUGAUGUUGCCAGAGGUGAAAUGCCCAAAAGAAGAAACAAGCGAAAGAGUGCUGCUGGUGAAGAGGCUCGCUCAUUGGCUCCCAACGUGGGCAAGAAGAGAAGAGGCAACAAAGGUUAA